AUGAUGGUUGUGUCCUGGUCAGACCAGAACAACCUUCUCAUCUACAGGACGUUUGAAGACUUUAGGAGGCUCCAUAAACAGCUGAAGAGAACAUUCCCCACUGAGAGUGGCUCAGUCAGGAAAAUCCCCAGGUUUAAAGAUGCAAGUGUGAAGCAGAGGAAGAGUGGGAAGCCAAACAGGUGCCUGGAGGUACUGAAAGUGCUGGAAACCUAUUCCCAGAAGCUGCUGAAAACAGAUGCUCAGAUCUCACAGGGGGAAGAGGUGAUUCAGUUCUUCAAGGCACAGACUCAGGACCUAGAUCCCUCCUUUUCUGAAGACAGCCUUGUGAUCAUGCCUUCAGAAACAGGAGGAGGAAAGAAAGCCCAGACAUGGAAACAGCUCCCACCCAUCACCCCCCCCCAGGCAACCCAGAGCUACAGGUGCAUCGAAGCCUUUGAAACUAAAGACACAAAGAACAAAACUUUCCAGGUCACCCAGGAGGAAAUCGUGGAAGUGUUAAUGAAGGACAUGAGUGGCUGGUGGCUGGUGGAGAACACAGACAAGCAGCUAGCCUGGUUCCCAGCCUCCUACCUGGAAGAGAUCGACGUCCACAAGGACAUCCAGAAUGCCUUGACCUCCAAGGAGGAAGGCAGCCUGUACUUCGUGGUGCAAGCCUACAAGUGCCAGAAGGCAGAUGAGCUCUCACUCAGCAGCGGGGUGGUGGUGCAGGUGCUCAGGAAGUCUGACAACGGCUGGUGGCUGAUCAGGUACGAUGGCUGCAGUGGCUACGUGCCCUGCAUGUGCCUCAAGCCCUACAGGAAUCCUCACCACAAGCUCCAGACCAUUGCAAACUGUGGCCUGAAUGUCUCCACCCCAAGCCUCUGCUCCUCCCUGGUGGCUCCCCAGCGCCAGGUGGAGCAGGCCAGGAGCUCUGCCCUGGGCCACGGCUUGGCCACACACAGCAGCAAGUCCCCAUGCCUCAGCCACAGGGACAGGAACGAUUCUGGCUUUGUGGAGUCAUCUGCAGCUGAUCUCAGCUCCUCUCUUGCUGACCCUGACCUGGCCACUGCUGUGCCCAAGGUGCCUGCGCGGCCCUCAGCCCAUGAGAUCCUCCAGAAGUGCAGCACUGUCACCAGGCGUGCCCUGCAGCACUCCUCCUCCUCCCGACCAGCCCUCCAGGCUCUGCUCCCUCUGCCCACUGUGCACUAA